UGGAAUCCACAUAAAGAAUAAAACAGUAACUUACACAAUAAAAGCAACCAUAUGGAUGCAUGAGAUGAUGAGGUACAGUGUGUAUAAGAAAUCCAGAAUGAGGGCAAACAUGUGACUGUGUUUUAAAAUAAAAACUUCUCUGUGUUAGUGAGGUUACUGUGCUCUCUGGCUCGUCUCCAAAACAACUUCCACAGGCUUUACAAUUAGACAAUUUUUGCACAUGCGGAGGACUCCGGUUAUGAAUGGGUGCAUUCCCCCUAAGUCCCGCCUCUUCCGCUCCUGCAAGGGGGACCAAUCACCGGCUCCGGUGCGCAUGGAUGGGACGUCACGUCAGCUGCCGUCGUGUCGGGAUUGGAAUGUUACCGACUAACAAUCGGAACAACUGAGCACUCGGUAAUUGGACACUAGGAUCAAGGAAUCCCGUCUUUUUUUAAAACAUUUUUCCUCAGCUCUUCACCCGUUGUGAGCUCAGCGUUUGUUGCCCUGGUGCAGACCGGAUAACUUCCCCUCGCCGAUGCGCUUUUUUCAUUUUAUAUCAGCGCGUAUGAGGCUGUGUGUGUGGAGCUUGUAAUAAAUAAGAAGAGAAAUGCAGGGAUUCGUCAGGUUACACUUGUACCGAUGAGCUGCCCCUGUGCUACGACGCUUUCCUCCGGUUUUUCCUGCUUCUCCUCAAACGAGACUAUGGAGUGAUAAAAAAAAGAGAGAGAGAGAGAGAAGGGGGGAUAGGACGAAAUCACCCCAAGGCGUUUUUGGAUCUGAGCGCGGCGGCCACACCGACGGGGCUUUUUCUUUUUUUUUUUUUUUUCUACAUACACUCCCGGUGAAUGUGUUGCACCGAGUUUACCAUCUAAACCGGGGGUAUACCUUUCCGUCUGGGAGAGCCUCGGGGACCCCUGCCGCUGUUUAUCCGGUGGGAGAGAGAGAGUUCCCAGACGGCAGCCGGACAGUUUUCCAUUUGAAUAGCCACCACACAUGCAGUCUGAAUGAGGCUGAGAAGGAGCGCAAAGGGAAGAGAGAGUCGUGUAUGAUUUUGUCCGAGACUGAGAGUCUGAGUCCGGGCACCACUCAUCUUUUUUAUAGGUGCACCCAAGCCCCCCUGCUGUAGGCGCCGUGCGAUAUGCUGAAACUCUACAGAAGAGGGAGAAAGGGACACUACUUUUAAAAUCGCCCACAUGCACUGGAUCAAUUGCUGGAUUUGGGAACCGAAUACGCAGAAGGGGGGUUGGGGAUCCUUGGAGGCUGCCGGAGGAUGGAGCGGUGUAGCCGGGGUUGGUGAGAGCCUAACUUCGGGCCACUUUACAUUUCUUAUUCCUAAAACAACUCGCCCUUGUUUCCAGGACACAUGCAGGCCAAAAAACGCUACCUGAUCCUGCUCUCCGCCGGUGCGUGUCUAGUGCUUCUCUUCUACCUCGGAGGGGUUCAACUUCCAGCGGCGAGCAGGAGCCGGCAUGACCGCAGCCGGAAUGGGUACCGGCCCGACCAGCCCUGGCCUCACUUCUCGGACCCUUUACAACCUUUCCUGUCCUGGGAUCACACGGACACCGAGGAGUACAACCUGCACAUAUCUCCGAGGCAGAAGAGGGACGUCAACACGAGUGUUUACAAAGGCAAACGGUGCCGCAUGGAUUCAUGCUUUGAUUUCUCUCUGUGUAAAAAGAACGGAUUCAAAGUUUAUGUUUACCCGCAGCAGAAAGGGGAGAAGAUCUCAGAGAGUUACCAGAAUAUUUUAUCGACCAUAGAGGGGUCCAGGUUUUACACUUCAGACCCCGGACAGGCGUGUCUGUUCGUCCUGAGUUUGGACACGCUGGAUCGGGACCAGCUGUCCCCGCAAUACGUCCACAACCUGAAGACCAAGGUCCAGAACCUGCCUCUGUGGAACGACGGCAGGAACCAUCUCAUAUUUAACUUGUACUCGGGGACGUGGCCGGACUAUACGGAAGAUUUGGGCUUUGACAUCGGCCAGGCCAUGUUGGCUAAAGCCAGCAUCAGCACCGAUAACUUCAGGCCCAACUUUGACGUGUCCAUCCCCCUCUUCUCCAAGGAGCACCCGAGGACCGGCGGAGAUAGGGGGUUCCUCAAGUACAACUCCAUCCCGCCUUUCAGAAAAUACAUGCUGGUGUUCAAGGGGAAGCGCUACCUGACAGGUAUCGGCUCGGACACCAGGAAUGCCUUAUAUCACGUCCACAACGCCGAGGAUGUGGUGCUGCUCACCACCUGCAAGCAUGGCAAAGACUGGCAGAAGCACAAGGACGCACGCUGUGACAAGGACAACGCAGAGUAUGACAAGUACGACUACAAGGAGAUGCUCCACAACUCCACCUUCUGUUUGGUGCCCCGCGGCAGACGACUGGGCUCCUUUCGCUUCCUCGAGGCGCUGCAGGCUGCAUGUGUGCCGGUGAUGCUGAGUAACGGCUGGGAGCUGCCUUUCUCCGAGAUCAUCGACUGGAACACAGCUGCAGUCAUCGGCGACGAGAGGCUCCUGCUGCAGAUUCCAACCACGGUGCACUCCAUCCACCAGGACAAGAUCCUUUCCCUCAGACAGCAGACUCAGUUCCUGUGGGAGGCGUACUUCUCCUCGGUGGAGAAGAUAGUGCUGACCACACUAGAGAUCAUCCAGGACCGGGUGUUGGAGCACGGCUCCAGGAGCAGCCUGAUGUGGAACAGUCACCCAGGAGGACUCUUCGCCCUGCCGCAGUACUCCGGCUACCUGGGAGACUUCCCCUUCUACUACGCCACGCUGGGUAUCAAACCGUACCCCAAGUUCACAGCCGUCAUCCACGCCGUCUCCCCUCUGGUGUCCCAGUCGCAGCCUAUACUCAAGCUACUGGUGGCUGUGGCCAAGUCCCAGUACUGUGCACAGAUUAUUGUUCUCUGGAACUGUGACAAGCCUCUCCCCUCCAAGCACCGCUGGCCUGCCACCUCAGUGCCCGUCAUCGUCAUCGAGGGUGAAAAUAAGGUGAUGAGCAGCCGCUUCUUGCCCUACGAAACCAUCGUGACCGACGCUGUCCUCAGCCUGGAUGAAGACACAGUGUUGUCCACCACAGAGGUGGACUUCGCCUUCACCGUGUGGCAGAGUUUUCCAGAGAGGAUCGUAGGUUACCCUGCACGCAGCCACUUCUGGGACAGCAACAAGGAGCGUUGGGGCUACACAUCCAAAUGGACCAACGACUAUUCGAUGGUGCUGACCGGAGCCGCCAUCUACCACAGGUAUUAUCACUACCUGUACACCAACUACUUGCCCACGAGUCUGAAGAGCAUGGUGGACCAGCUGGCCAACUGCGAGGACAUCCUGAUGAACUUCUUGGUUUCUGCUGUCACCAAGCUGCCGCCCAUUAAGGUCACACAGAAGAAACAGUACAAGGAGACCAUGAUGGGACAGUCUUCGAGGGCUUCCCGCUGGGCCGAUCCGGACCACUUCGCCCAGCGCCAGACCUGCAUGAACAAGUUCGCCAGCUGGUUUGGCGCCAUGCCGCUGGUCCACUCCCAGAUGAGACUGGACCCCGUCCUAUUCAAAGACCAGGUCUCCAUCCUCCGCAAGAAAUACAGGGACAUCGAGAGGCUCUGACAGGACCGGCGCCCCCUCGCGGGAGACCCCACGCAGGGGGAGGCGCGAGAGAGAGACUCGGUGGAGAGUAGAAGGAGUAGUCGGACUACAGCGGGAUGGACAGGGAGCGACGCAGCUCUGUCUUCCACUCAGCACAUUGCCAAUGACCACAGCGCCGCCACCGCUGCCAGGACUUGACACGGGGAACGGACGAACGGGAGAAAAGCAGAUGGCGUUUUGGAUUUGAAAAAAAAAACAAAAUAAAAAGAAACAAACACAGACAGACAAAGAGAAACUGACGGACAUGCCAAAACAGUACUGUAUGUUCGCAAAUGUGCAAACACGCAGCGCACACUACUGACGACGAGAACUCUUGGAUAGAAUAUUUUUUUGUACGACACGAACGAGGACGACAUUGACUUUCCUGCUCUCUCGGCACAUGCGCAGGACGGUAGAAGAGGGAAGGUGUCCGUGAUCGCAAACCUGGCAACCCCCACCCCCUCCUAAUCCCACCCAUCACAGAUCCUCCUGCUGGUCGCCCCCAGCAACCCCGGUCUGCAUUACGACAUGAUACUGCAUUCACUACCGCCCCCUCCUCCCCCCCCUGCUUUAAAUCCUGAGAAAAGAAGAGAAAAAAGAAAACCCUCCGUUCUUUAUUAGCUGAUUUGAUUUCUGUACAAAUCAGGUCUGGUAUCACUGUUGAAACAAGAGCGUCAUCAGUUUUUAAACCUUUUUUUUUUUUGGUUUCAAGGAAAUAAAAAGUAAACAGCAUCGUCCAAACCUGUCGUUACAAUGUCCCGACAAGGUUUUUUAUAGCAAAGCAGCCAUUAUUUUCCUGGUAUUCUCAGCUAUGGAGACACAUCCGCGAGCCUGAAGUCUGAGAACAUCGUCUGUCCUCUUCUCGGUUCAUUCCUUGAUGUGCUGAUAUGGCUUCUAUAAUAGUCUAUCUGCUUCCCUGUUAUCACUGAGAUAAGAUAGAAAAACAUCUCGUUUCAUAUCCCAUUUCCCUCUCAUACUUGCCAUGACUGUACUUUUCUUUUUUUUUCCUUCCUCCACUUACUUUCAUCAUCUUUUAUUUCCCACUGCAAACUCUCUGUACUUUCAGUCCUCUGUAUGCGUGUGUGUGUGUGUGUGUGUGUGUGUGUGUACAUCAGAGUGCAUUUUCCCUCCGUUGGAAUGAGCGAAAUGAACAUUUCUGGAUGAAAUGAAGCAGAACGUUGCAUUCUAACCCAAACUCGUUUCACCCGUUUUAUUCCUUCUGCACGGCCUCAGAGCACUAUCCUUACAGGAGGAAUACAAUUUCAGACUAUAGACCAGCAUCAUUUCACAGCAGUGUUUGUAGAGAGAUUUUUUUUUUUUUUUUUUUAAUGCUGAGCGCAUCAGUGCCAUUCUGACAUCAGGUUCUGCCUUUAAAAAUUGUUUAUUGCACAUCACGUUGCCUGCAUCAGUUUGGAAACGCCUAGAUGCUCUCGUUUUUGAAAUAUCCUAGUCAUCAGUCCAAUAUGGCUCUCCUGCCUCUGUGAUUUUUUUUUUUUCUUUCUGUGACAUAUCAGAGGACCUCGGAGCCAUUAAAUUGACAAAAGGUUUUCUCCUCCAUUUGUCAGCCAGAGAUAGGUUCGGGCUUCAAUUAGGUAAACCUAUUUCAUUUGGAGUGCCGUUUUUAUUCCCGGGAGACAAGCUGUUGAUGAAACACUCUAACAUUAUGGACCAUUGUGUUGUGAAAGCGCUGACCCACAAACAUGACCCGCUAGCUAAUGCUAGCCUUGGGAGGACAGCUUCCCCUCCACUACUGCGCACACACACCCCACCCCUCCUCUCCCCUCUCUCCUCUUCUCAGCUAUUUAAAACAGCUGCAUCUCGCUCACACCGCUCACAUCACACAGCCUGACAUUUUGCACCUUAUAAACCACCUCUCAUUGGUAUCAGACUAACAGAACAAAAAUAUUAAAAUAACUGUCAUUAGGUCUGCAUGCAGCGGUGCGGCCGAGACCACAGACAGUCCACUCACAGCUUUAGUUUGCAGACACUUGAAGCGCACUUUUAGUGGCCUUUCUGUCGGGCAGGCAUUCAGCACAAUGUCUCAGCCAAAGCUGCUCUGUGUGUGUGUGUGUGUGUGUGUGUGUGCGUGUGUUAAUCAGUAGCUGUCAUCCGCAUCGCCAAUAUCAGUGUCACACGUUCAAUCAGCUGCUUUACUUUUUCAUUGAUUUGUUGCCAUUUAUGUUCUGAGUUUCUGUGAAAUGUGUUGUAAAGCCUUUACAGUGUCGACAACGGUGUCAAUCAAAAUGUUACUACAGCGAAACUAUCAUGUAACCCAGCUGGGCUCUCUUUUCUUCUGUCUUCUUUUUUUUUUUUUUUGGUCCCCAAGAUCAUUGUUUGGAAAAUCAUGUUUGUAUUUUCAUCCUGGAAAAUGUGUUCAUCGGACUUUUAAGAAGUUUGGAGUGAGAUUUGUUUGCCAGGAGAGAUUUAUUAUGUGUUACAUGUGGAGUCACAACAGACAAAAAACAAAACAAAGUUCAUCUACAGAACAGCAAAGGAGGAGGGGAAAAAAACACUCCUCACUUUGUUUGCAUCUGGUCCUGAUUUCAUUCAUCUACAGAGAACCAUAUUGUUUAAAUCCAUAUCAAGCCUUUUAUGUCUGAUUGUUUAAAUUGCUGUUGAUCAUCUCCAGAGAACCGUGCUCACCCAGCUUUGCAGAUAAUCAACAAAAAAACGCCGCCCAUUUGAAUGCCCCCCUCCCAUCCACCCACCUCGACUCUCAGCACUGUACAAUGAUAUAUAUUUAUUUUUUCUUUUUAAAAACAAAAAAAAAGAAA